GCCGAUUGGCUCAUUCAAAAAUAACAUGCACGCAACGCGCCAUUUAAAUGUAUUCAAACUCGUGUCUUGUAGCCAGUUUGUCGCAACUGUGGCAUAAGUGAAGGGAGUUUAAGGAACACGGCUCGUCGACCGUCUUUGUCUCGUUCGAGUUAACCUUCAAGGAGCACCAUGGGAUCCAGCGAGAGCAAGAUGCAAGUGUCUGCACCAGUAAAACCUGAGCCAGCUCUCAAAAACGUCGCCGUCAGUCACCUGAGGGAUCCACGUUCUCCUUCGGCAGGCGUUGAUCGAACCCCUAUUCAGGUCAAUGGGCCUGUGACCAAACCUGCUGCGAGGAAAAGUGAGUGUCCACUGGCGUUCACUGAUCCCCGCUCACCUACUGUUGGCAUUAGCCGCACUCCUGUCAGAGAAGUCAUGAGAGCUAAAGUCGGGUCCUUCGCUCAGCGCCUGGGCAUGCUUUUCCACAAUGAGACCGAAGGCAAAGUUAUCGAAGCCCCUCAGAAACGCUUCAGCGACGUCGUGGAGGAGGAGGUGGUCUUCAAGGGUGAGGAGUUGGCCUCCACUGAGCCCCUCCUGUCUCCUCAGUCAUCCCACACCUUCGGCUCCCUGGCCGAGCAUGCAAACCUCCUCGACACUCCUGUGUCGCGCCCCCUGCAGCGGGUGGGUGACUUGAGCCCCUUUGUCGUUCUCGAGGAGCCGCAGGUGGAAGUGGAGAUCAGCCUGGAGGAGGCGGAAGAAGCACGAGAGUCUCCUCUGCACAAGAGGCUGAGCAUGAGCCUGAUCACUUACCACGAGGGAGAGACCUCAUCACAGAUCUUUGCUGAGGUGCACUGUGACGGCGCUUCUUCUCCAGUACCUAGUGUGGAGGCGGAGCCACUCGAGGAUGGCGUGGAUCACUCUUAUGCCCUGCCUUCUAUCACAGUUGAGCCCCACGUUGUGCCAUCACCGUCCACUGAUCUGGAUGAUCCCCCAGUUCAGACAACACCUGCACAGCCAGAAGAAGCAGAGAAACCGUCUACUCCUGAAGAAACUAAAGAGCCACCAACCAUCCCCCAGUCAGAGCAGCAGCAGCAGCAGCAGCAGCAGCAGCUCUGCGAUGGCAUCCGCUGCCCCACCUUUGACGCCAAAAGUCCCAGUCAGGUGGUGUUCAAGCCGCAGUGGUUGGGAAGAGGCUUUGGUGCCUCUGGGCUCCGAGCCAGAGGAGUGAAGGGGCAGGGUGGCAAAGGAGGCUCCUCCCCCCUCGCCGUCCGUGUGGCCGUGAAGAAUGCGACCAAUGAAAAUAGGGCACAGACUGGAAAACUAAAGCAGAAAGGUAUGGAAGGCCGCUCCCCACUGCAGAUUCUUAAGGAGACCAAUUCGCCCAGAGACCGACGUUCUCAGAUGAGGCUGAAGGUGUCCACCCCAGAAAAGCAGAGGCAUGGACAGAUAGACCGAAGACUGCUGACAGUGGCUCUGGACAAGGAGAACCGAUGAGGCACCACAGCAAUGUACAGAUUCCUGCUACUUUUAUUUCUCUUAAACUUGCUUUUAUGUGUACAGUUUUCUUAAGCUGAUUUUUUGUUGUGUGUGUGACGUGUUCAUCAUUUUGAGCUGCAGCGUUGUACAGGUUUCUACCCUGUUUUUGUCCUUUUUUUGUAAAUAUAAAUAAAAUUAUUUCCAUUCAUA